AUGGACACGAUAUCUCGAUACAAUGUGGUGCACCGCCUGCAGAAGCGGAAACUGCUCAUCGCCAUCAAUUGCAUGGCCGGUCUAUCUAUUCUGUUCUUUGGUUACGACCAGGGUAUGAUGGGCGGGGUCAACACCUCAUACGACUACUACACUCGCAUGGGAUUCGGACACAAGGGCCCAGAUGGCGCGGUUGUAGUUGACGAUAGUCUCCUCCAGGGAGGCAUAGUCUCUGUAUACUAUCUGGGUACACUCGUCGGAUGCCUUGCUGGAGGAUCAAUUGGCGAUCGGUUCGGACGCAUCAAAACGAUAUUCGUUGGCGCCGCCGUUGCUGUCGUCGGUGCUUCUCUGCAAGCCUCUGCUAUGAAUCAUAUCUGGAUGAUCUUUGCUCGACUUAUCAACGGAUGGGGUACGGGUAUCUUAAACGCUAUUAUUCCGGUCUGGGCUACUGAGACUGCCGAGCACACUUCCCGUGGACAGUUCAUCGCGAUCGAAUUCACGCUCAACAUCUUCGGUGUCGUCCUCGCCUACUGGCUCGAGUAUGGUUGCUCGUUCUAUGGAGACGGAACAUCAUCAUUCAUCUGGCGAUUCCCCGUCGCUUUCCAAAUCCCCAUGCUACUGUUGCUUCUCAGCGGUAUUACCUUCUUCCCCGAAUCGCCGCGCUGGCUACUCAAAAUGGGUCGGAAAGAAGAAGCAAGAUACAUACUGGGAAGGCUUCGCGGAGAUGAGGGCGCAGAUAGGGAACGAGCCGAAAACGAAUAUCAAGACAUUGUGCGCUCCUGCGAGAACGAACGAGCGAACUUCCGCCAUCAAAGCUACUACCACAUGUUCUUUGGCAUCGGAUCUGGGACACUCCAUACUGGGCGACGUGUCCAACUGGUCGUCUGGCUGCAGAUUAUGCAGGAAUGGAUCGGUAUCGCGGGCGUGACCGUCUACGCUCCGACGAUCUUUGGAAUCGCGGGCAUGAGUCCCGCCAAGCGACAGUGGAUAUCAGGUCUCAACAACAUUUUCUACAUGUUUUCGACCCUCAUUUGCGUCUUCACACUAGAUCGCAUUGGACGACGGUGGACACUGUACUGGGGCUCCGCUGGUCAAGCCAUCGCAAUGGCACUAGCAGGAGGCUUCUCAUACCUUGCGUCACAGGCAACAAACGAGGGCAACUUAAGUAAAGCAUCAAGCUAUGGCAACGCUGCUGUGUCCAUGGUCUUUAUCUUCACGUUCAUCUUCGGCGCCACUUGGCUAACAGUUCCAUGGCUGUACCCCGCCGAGAUAUUCCCACUCGAAGUGCGCGCGAAAGGAAAUGCCUGGGGUGUCGUGGGCUGGUCCAUUGGAAAUGGGUGGCUUACCCUUUUGUGUCCUGUUAUGUUCUCCACACUCAACGAGAAGACGCUUUACAUCUUCGCCGGCUGUAACAUUUUGACGCUUCCAAUGGUGUGGGCAUUGUAUCCUGAGACGAAUCAACGAACACUAGAAGAGAUUGAUCUGUUGUUCUCUUCGGAUAGUAUCUGGAAUUGGGAGGCUGAGAAACACUUCGCCAGGCUCCAAGAGCAAGGAAGAACAGGGUCCAAUCACAACUUCUUUACUACUCGAGUACCUGAUCUUAAUAGACCCCUUUUACGUAACAGUAGAGCAUCUUGUUCCAGACUCCAGGUCAGCAACAUCUGGGGUGUGGAUGUUUUCUCCACAACUCAGCAGCCCUAUUAGCAAUCGUGCGGGGAAUUGAAGGCUGGGAGUUGAAAAAAUGACGCUAUUUACCUUCUUCCGUCGGAUCAAACCGUAGCAACUGGGCCAGUGGUGUCGUCACGGCGGUAUUCAUUCCGCCGGGGGCGUAUACCAUUUGGGGACCUUGAAACAUGAGCAUGGCGAGAGAGGAAAAA